AGAUUCUCAAACAGGAUAAACCAGUAUGUGGAACUCUUACUCAGAUGUACUCCAACUCGUUCCUUACACAUGCUUCAUGUGCGAACACAAAAUAAAUUGAAUAAAAUCAAUCGGACUGUUCAUCAAGAACGAUUCUCAGAAGUGGCUGAGCCUCAUGAUUUCAGGGAGAGAUUGGCCUCUGAACCAAGACCAUAAGACCACAUUGUAGCAUUUUGUCUUCAUCCAAUGGGAUUCUGGGAAGUGACACUUUAACUCUUUGCAUGCAAACUGGUUGGACUCAAGAAAAAGUUAAAGUCAAAGAUGAGGAUAAGAACAUAUCCAAGAGUACACCUUCUGCAGAAGUUCCAUACACAUUGUCAGUCUCUUGCAGCUAACGGCAAUGAAGGAUAUCAAAGGGAAUUUAAGGAGAUAAGUGACUCUCAAAAGGAAUUCUCAAGCAGAGCUGGCGAGCUGGAUUACAAUAAAGAUAAAAACAGAUAUCCUUUCAUUUUACCCUAUGAUCACUCCAGAGUUAGGCUGGCUCUAUUAGAGUCACAACCACACUCGGACUACAUCAAUGCCAACUAUGUGCCUGGUGGCUAUACAGAACAUGACUUCAUCUGCACCCAGGCUCCUUUGCAAUCAACCAUAGCUGAUUUCUGGCGGAUGGUCUGGGAGCAAAAUGUGCAGGUCAUCGUCAUGGUGACAGCCUUAAAUGAGAGAGGCAAGGUGCUAUGUAAUCAGUACUGGCCUCCUGAAAGAGGCACUGGUUGUUAUGGUGCUCUGCAAGUCACCACCGUCUCCCGUCACCAUGGUCCAGACUGCUACAUCACAACCAUUCACCUACAACAGCAUAGUAGCCAUACAAAUAGACACAUAACACAUUAUUAUUACCCGAAUUGGCCUGAUCAGGGUGUUCCAAAUGACCACACAUCGCUCGUCAAAUUCGCCGAGCAUGUACGGAAACAGCUGGAUGAUAGUCCUCUCUUAGGCCCCACGGUCGUUCACUGCAGUGCAGGCAUAGGUCGCUCUGGAACAUUUGUAGCAAUACUGUGGUUGAUGCAGCUCUGUGCAAGGGGGAUUCCUCCUGAUGUAUAUCUCGCUGUCCGAGACCUGCGCAGACACAGAGUGUUGAUGGUGCAAAAUGUGGAGCAAUAUAUACUUGUGCAUCAGUGUCUACUUCACUGGCUUGGUGGGAACAAGGAGAGACCAAAAACCCAGAAUGUAGUGCAUUUCCAGACAGAGCCACCACAAGCACACAGGCAAUCCAGAAGGGAUCGAAAAAACAGGAGGAGAAACUCUGACCACACACAACGCCCUCAGACCUCUCAUUCCUCUCUUCCAGUGUCACACACACCCCAGCCUCAGCACACAGCAUGGCAAUCAUUACGGGAUUCGCUACACGCUUUUAAUCCUGGGAAACUCCUGCAGAGGAUAAGGCCUCUAUCUUCUCAAACCAACUCAAACACACAGCACAACACACAACUGUAGGGCAGAUCUACACACCGGUACUCACCAGCAAUACAUGCUGUGGUCUACUGUUAGAGUUAUCCUUAGAGUAGUGUUCAAUAGUCAAAGAGACUUGGCUCAUAUUUGGUGCUGAGCAAGGAUUUCGGCUUGUGUGCAGAAAACAAGAUAAACAACAGCAGCUGCUCAACUUGUUAUAUCUUAAUGCCAAAUAGAUAGCUGUAUGCCAGUAAGCAGGAUAAAUGAAAUAAUCCUCUCUAUUUUAGAUUUUACACCAUAGAUUAAAGAGAUUUUACACCGUACACCCUAAGAAACAGUAUCUUGCAUAAGAAUUCAUCCUCUAUCGGACUUUCAAGUCUCUUUACAGUUCAGAGUCUUAAACUUCCUUUAACGUAGAACCCAUGUGUGUCUUACUUUACUUAAUGAUUCUACAUUUGUAUAAAAGUGUUGUUAUACAAAAUAGUGAAAAAAGAAUGUGCAUAGUUUUCAGAAGUAUUCAGAACCACAAGUGUCUGCGAUUACAGCUGCACGUUUUUUGCCUGUCCUUCUUGCCGAUAUAUUUCUUUGACUGAAACAUACUAAGGUCUAAGUGUAGAUAUGAAGAAGAAUUACUAACACAACAACAAUUUAAUUUUCAGCCUUGAUGAAGAGUGGAAAAAUUGUUAGAUGAGACAAUGCUGUUUAUAGCUUGGAUAAAGUUUCAUAAUUCUAGUGGACCAAGUGUCGGAACUUACACGAGGUUAGAUGCAUUUUAACACCUACAGUACAUCAUAAUAACACAAUAAAAUCUGUCUGCUGUCUAUUGUAAAUACGUUCGUGUUAUCUAUAGCUACUUUUAACGCUGGGAUAAUUUUGCCUUAUUAUAAGAAAUGUUACAGGCCAGAGGUCUGUUGUGUAUUUACCGUUGCUUCUGUGAUUUAUGAAAUGAGAUUAAACAUUCUAGUUUGUUUU